ACAAGUCCACCUGUUAAUGUUCGUGCAAAGGCAGACGAGAAGAAUGCGACUUUGAUUUCGGUGCACUGGGGACAAGUCCCGCCAGCAGAUCGUCGGGGUGAAAUUUCCUUCUACUCAGUUGCUGCUACUGAACAUGAAGGAGAGGAAAUAAUUAUUCAUGAGCUCAAUGUGACUGGUUUCAACGCAACCAUAUCUGGCCUCAAACCUUACACGUUUUAUAACGUCACUGUAACAGCAUGGACUAGCAAAGGAGAGUCAAACGCCAGUGAGAAGGCAGAAGUCCGAACCGCAGAGGCCGCUCCAUGGGAUCCUCCGACGCACGUCAACAUGUCGUAUGACCCCUUCAUGUUGAAUGAUAUUUUUAACUUUACGUGGGAACCAGUGGAAGGAAGAUUAAAUGGAAUCCUUCGUGGUUAUAAAGUGCGCUGGAAGCAAGUGAAAUCGAAUAAAUAUUAUAUCAGAAAUAUUAACAACAGUACAACAAAUUCAGCAUCAAAUCGCAGGCGUAGAAGAUCAGUUUCUGACAUUAUAACAGAAAUCCGGCUAACAAAUCUGAGUCUUUACACCAACUAUUCUUUUGAAGUGGCAGCCAUAACAGUCGCAGUGGGGAAAUUCAGUGACAAGUAUUAUUUCAUGUCACAAGAAGGAGUCCCAACAGCACCUCCAGGUAACGUACGAUCUUACAACACAAGUUCGAGGUCAAUUUUUGUAUCGUGGACACGGCCCAACAAAAGCGAAAUUCAUGGGGUUCUUAAAGGCUACGAGAUCUCUUACACCCCAGCUGAUAACGCAAAUGCCACGCGGAAAGUGAUGCUAUGUCAUCUGAAUACUUCAUAUGAGCUGACGCGUCUACGCAUAUUUACUUUGUAUAACAUCACGGUGGCUGCUUUCACCAUAAAGGGGAUAGGAAAUGAGAGUCAAUUGCUUCAGGUCUAUACCGCCGAGGAAGCACCACAGGCACCUCCAGAAAACGUGACAGCAGUUGCUGUCAACGGCUCUAGUAUAAGAGUGAGUUGGGGUCCUGUGCCAAAGGACAAACGUAAUGGAAUUAUCACGAGGUAUAGAGUUCAAUUUGGAUCAAGAACUCUUAAAAAUGUCACCAAUGGAACUAGGCAAGUUCGUGAAACCCAAAAUUCUGUGGUGAUCGGAGACUUGGAGAUGUUUGUCACUUAUUCCUUUAGAGUGCAGGCUUGUACAAAAAUUGGCAGAGGGAACUUCAGUGAACCUGUAAACCAAACGACUACUCAGACAGUCCCUAAUAUUAUCCUGAAGCUCUACGGAACUCCUAGUAACUCGUCUAUUAACGUGACAUGGAAGGUAAUUGACAAACCCUUUGGGUUAUAUACGCCUGAUAAGUAUGAGAUAAACUCAUGCACAGUCAAUGAUUCAUGUCCGUCUGGCAGCUGCUUAACAAACAUCACAUCAAAAAAUUGGCAUGAGUUUACAAAUCUUCGUGGUGGCACUACACACAAGUUCAAAGUCGGGCCAAUAGAAUUAUCUGCAAGGGAUGGCACAGUGUUAACGUAUCCUGAAGGAAAUUUCAGCGAACAAAUCAACGUAACGACAAAGGAAGGAGCUCCAACAAGAUCACCUUUCAAUGUCACUGCAUUCCCUCACAGCCAAAGCAGCAUCAAAAUUACAUGGGAUGAAGUGGAUCCAUGCCACAGAAAUGGGAAAAUAACUGGAUACAACUUAGAAGUGUAUAACAGCAGCGAGCAUAGAAUACGGGCUAUUGAUUUCAACGAUACAACUCCGCGUGAAGGGAUAGUGAAAAACCUCGUGUUCGCGAAUUACAGCGUUCGAGUCAGAGCCUUCACAGUUGCCGGGUAUGGACCUUUCAGCCAGUUGAAGAAUACGACAACACAUUGCCUGUAAAAGAGCCAGAAGUUAAAGUGGAAAUCCUGGAAUCUUCUUCAGUCUCCAUCACUUGGAAUCCAAUUCCCGAACGUUUCCGCAACGGCAUAAUAAAGGGUUACCGCAUAGAGUACCACCCUGAGGAAGAAAACAAAACUGCAGUUCCGAAAGUAAACGAGUUAAAUGAGAACUUCACUUUUCAUAUUCUCAAAUCGCUGAGAAAAUUUACGACUUACACGAUUAAGGUGGCCGCGUAUACCAAAGCAGGAAUCGGCCCGCUAUUCAUUGAAACAUUCAAGACGAGCGAUGAUUGUAAGUCCGUAGAUUAAAUGUUAGAAUGGGGAACGGUAACUCGGGACAAGGGACAGGGGACAGAGGACGAGAGGGGAGAGACAGAAAA